UUCUGCCAAAAGUUAUCUACGACGAUAUAUAGGUUUAUGUAUGUUUGAUAAGUUAUUACCAAAUUCCUUUGUACUCUUCAAAGUACUUUGUUGUACAUCUACCACUCAGUACCGCACGCGGAAUUGAUGAUAUACAAGAAGUAUGCAAAGUUCAGCCUGUAGAAGAUUCAGAUUCGCUGUUCGACUCUGCUUUUAGCCUUUUUGGUGAAGAGAAAUCCGGAUAGCUACUGAAUCCGUCGCCAGGGAGCGCCACGUUCACGAGAUGGCCCUUCGGUGCGCCCCCUUGCGACGAACUCUCUGCAUCUCCUCAGUUCGCUCGAUCGGGCCACUCCAGUUGAGAACGGACUGUCUCGAUAGGAGGAGUGUAACGCUCUGUUUUCGAGACGAUUUAGCAUGCGCGCCAUACGCACCAGCCGAAAAGUACACUGCAAAGCUUUGGGCGUCGGCCCUACGAGCCGAGCCAAAUAAACUAUUAACUAAUUCUACAAAGAGAGGAACGCGACAACAAAAAGAAGCGAGUGCCAGGACUCUACUGCUGCUUGUACAAGUGUCGGAUCAUUUCGGAGCAUAGAGUCCUGUGACUAGCAAGCCGAACAAGGAUCUCCGGUCUGCGUCUUUCUUGUUUCGAGCGGCACUCGUAUCAGACUUAUCGUUGUCUGAACAAGUCAUUAAAUUUUUCGACCCUUUUCUAUAACGGAGUGUGGAUACCCAUCAUUUGACGAACGAAGCCAGCAUCGCACUCUCAGUGCAUCUAUGACAUCAGUUCGGCAUGUCAUACGGUGUAACAAAAAUCGUGUGCAGAUAAAAAGAUGAAAAGUGACAGCGAAUCUUUGAAGGGAAUAAAACUCGAGAAAGGUAUUUAGGUGCAGAGGGCGUGAGAGUGCGCAGUGGAUACUUUUCAUCAUCAGCAAAUUGACAAUCCAUAUUUGAAUGGACGUGUGAUCUGUCCUAAGGGAAGGAUUGUUGCUUAGAAGCGACCGUCAAGUAAAAUAGACGAUCUCAAAAGUUCCAUACAGCGUGACGGCUAAGGAUAACUGUCAGUGUUUCGUGGUGGUGACGACGGGUAGAGGUUUUUGUCAAGCGACGAGAGUUUACUAAUAUCCCAAUAUAACAAUACAGAGAAAAGAAACGGAAGUGCGAGCGUGUGUGUGAGACCGACCGCAAUAACGUCGUGACCAAAAUGGGCUACCCUUUAAGAGUUAUGCUAUUGUGUACGUGGAUAACGUGUCUUUUCAUCGUAGGAGUGGAAGCACAGUUCAGCAAAAGGAGACCCCACAAAGAAGCUCGCCAGGCAGCAUGCGUGGUUCCAUCGCAGUGGAUAGAUGAUUGGGUUCAACAGGGCUUACGGUACCCGCUUCGGCUUGAUCGAAACAACUUUCUAGCACGUGGCAAAUGUCUAGACUCUUUAGGUGGAUCCAACGACAAAGAGCACUCGUUCGUCAUUGAUGACACGAGAGACCGGUGUUAUCGUGGAUUUAUUAUACACGAGAAACAUCCAAAUGUUCUGCAAUAUCGAGUGUCGCCAUGUUUUGAUGCAUCGGAAGCAAGGCCCGACGCCAGCUCGGUCCGUUAUCAGAUUGAAUCCGAUUUGCCCACUGUCCUCCUAAUCCGAGUGAACGCGACCCCCGAGCGCUGUCCUCUGGUCGAUCAACGGUAUCGUUUCUCAUACAACCGCAAUCAUGGCGAGUGUCGCACGCCGCCAUCAUCGGUUGAUCAGUGCAACCAAAACAACACCCGCCUCAUGUUCAGAUUUCAAGCAUGUGCCGAAGUCAUGGGAACCGAGUCUUCCACUGAGGAGCUGACAUGUAUCGCACGAUGGAAGGAGGGAAAUCAACUAUAUUUCAUCGGAAAAAUGGUGUCCACAAAGGAGUUGAUACGAGAUCCUAACGAUCCCGCGCAUUACAGAUGCUACAUGUACCAACACGACGGCCACGGCAAAACAAUUUAUCUAUCAGAAAGUGCGGACGCCACCUGUUAUGGAGUGUACUCUGCUUAUGAGGGCUCGCGCGUCAUGAAACUUCACAUUGUAGAAAGUCCUCAGCCGCAAUGUUUCUUUCCGUUCUAUAUGGGAGAAAACGACCAGAAGAGGCCAGUGUGGAGGAAAAUUCGCCGUAAUGCAGGUGCCGGCGACCCGCGUGCGCGAGUCAUCUUUUCAACCACGAGUCGCGAGCUUACAAUAUCCGAGGACGGUGAAGAGGAUGCCCGUGCCGUAUGCAUCUUUCAAAUGAAAGAUUACAAUCCGGAUGAGAGCAAUGGAACGUUCAGCUAUGUCGUCGAGUACCAGCAGAAAUGUGAGAUGAGCUAUCGUUGUUUAACGUUGUCACGCCGUUCGGAGCACGUGGUCGAGAUGCAGAUUGGUUCGCCAGCGCCGACCGUCAAAUUUGCCUGCCAGCAACCGUAUUACGAUAAGGAAAGCCGCCAUUUUGAUACUCUGUACCGAGCCACGCCAAAGAGGUGCAUUUUGCACGGCACCUCACUCAAAGUUAUUGGUCGGACCGUUUUCCCGCUAGAGGAGUGCAAGAUGGUAGGACCAGCCACAACCCUGGGUUGUGUUCACAAGACCUCAAUGGCUUUCUACUCCACAUGCGGACCCUACAAAUCUGCCAAACACUUUUCCUGCUACGGCCAUUAUCGUCGAGGGAACACGACCUAUAUGAUUGUUGAGGAAGAAGGCAAAGGCACGCAAUGUUUCGUCUACCAGCUGCAGGAGAAAUUCUACACGCUGUCCAUUUACCCUCAUCAAUGCCCCCACAUUUCGCAGAGCCACUUGCGUCCGGGUCAUCUGGACCACGGCAUUGACAUGUCUUCAUUGGGAAGGGGGGAACAUAUCGGCCACGAGGUCGAGAUGCGACUGCAGGUUCUGCAGGGCCAAUCGGAAUGCGAUAACACGUUGGACAACGCCUCAAGAGCUGCUAUGGCUUCAAGUGCCGGCCGGCUACAACCUGCCGUUUGGUACGCGACGAGGGCUUUUUUAUUGCUGUUUUCGCUUGCCUCAAGAUUUUGGCCGCUGUCAGCUCUACGGUAGAGUAGAUCACUAUAAAACAGUGAGGGCUUGCGAUAAAACAGAAAAGCCAACGAGAUUGCGAUGGAAUGAAAAGCGGAGGAGGCAUUAUGAGGCUGCAGGAGGUAUUGCUUGUCUUUGUUGUACCAUCUGGUAGUAGUAGUAGUACGGUGUAGUAGCUGAGAAGCAAGUCCUUGCAUCCGGUCGUCAUUCGAAUUGCAGUCAUCGUAUGGGCACGAAUGAGUCAAUCGAUAUGCAAUGUCCGUGUACAGUAUCAAUAAUCAUAAUAAUAACAAUAAUGAUGUAAUUGUGGGGGUAUAAUAACAGAAAAUAACCUCGAGUACAGUAUGUAGACGUGUGUUAUUGUAUAAGUAUGACAACCAGCCAUGUGUUGUUUGAACGUGGCGACCGAAUGGCGACGAUACAGCGGAUUAUCAAUUCAUCCGCGCAGAUCAUAAGUGUAAUAUAAGUAAAAAAACAUUUUCAACAACACCACAAGUAAUUAUGACAACAACAAGACAGAACAAUAUAUGCACGACAAAAUUGAAAAGGACUAAUAUGAAGAACAUUUUGAGCAGCGUCUCUGUCGUCCUUAAUCUAUAGAGUGAGUCUAGUUAUAAACAAAAAAAAAAAAAGACCAUCAAAACUUUGCACGUAUGAGAGACGACAAAAACAGCCGAACAUUAACCAACUUGGUUAUAACGUAACAGAAACGAAAAAAAAAAAAA